AUGCCUCCACAAAGAACACGUACUAAUGCGAGCAUAGCAUGUAUAAAUUGCCGAUAUAGACACGAAAAAUGUGAAAGACCUCCUGGGGAGGAUACCUGUAUAAAUUGUAGAGAACAUAAUCGAUUCUGUGUUUAUACCCAAGGUAACAAACGUGAGCCAAAACCACACAGGCAAAAUCCUGGAUUUACAAAUCUCCUUCCUUUUUCAAAUAUUAAUCUUAAUGAAACAACUCAGUCCCAGCAUUGGGAACAGCUUAUACAUAGUAUUGGAAACCCACACGCAGUGUCGAGAGCAGCUUAUAUGCAGUAUCAACUCACGCCCAAUAUCGAGAACUAUUCAUGCUUGACACCAAGAGCUUACACCCAGUAUCAAGAGCAACUUUCACCUAGUAUCUGGAGCAGUUUAUGCCCAGUAUCGGGGACUACUAAAUUUCAAAAUAUUUAUAUUAAUCAAUCACCUUUAUCAUAUUUUCCCUAUUUAAUUUACGAUGAACCGACGCUAAGCAAUGUGCCAAAUGUCACAUUAAAGUCUAACUCCUUUUCUACUAGUUAUGAGGAUACUGAAUUGUGUCAAUCAUCUUCAACAUCAUUUCUUUCCUACUCUCUUGUCAAUGGAGAGCCCAUAUUAAAUAUUGAUCCUACAACUUAUUAA